UGUAAUUACAAACGCAGCUGAGAUUGUUUCCUGUUUAACGUGUUAGCGGCUUUAAACUGUUUGUAAAGAAAGUAAAUAUUUUUAAGAAGGAAGAAAAGUACGGACAUAACGGAAAAGCACUAAAAACCAUCCCGCUGUUUGUAGGUUGACGUGUUACAUCAGGACCCCGUGACUUCCGGCUCGACAUAAACACAUUGCUGUACAACAUGUCUAAAGUAACUUUUAAAAUUACCCUAACGUCGGAUCCUCGGUUACCCUACAAAGUAUUAAGUGUACCUGAAAGUACGCCGUUCACAGCUGUGCUGAAGUUUGCAGCAGAAGAGUUUAAAGUGCCUGCCGCUACCAGUGCCAUUAUUACAAAUGAUGGCAUCGGAAUCAAUCCAGCACAAACAGCAGGAAAUGUUUUUCUAAAACAUGGAUCGGAGCUUCGAAUCAUUCCCAGAGAUCGAGUCGGAGCAGGUCGAUGUCUGACGGUUGUCUGAGCGAUUAGGGAUUACUCUUCAUCUUGAUUUACAAACAUGUUUGUGUAUUUAUUAUCCAGCCCUAAGGUGGUAAUAUUUGCUCAUGAAAGCAGGAGCAGCAAAGACCAACCUCAUUCACCCAGCCAUGUGGGAACCACCUACCCCCCACCCCCAGUGAUUCAUGCUUACUGGGCUGAAGACGACAUGAAAUUUCAGUUUGUUCUUUAAUUUAGAUUAAUAAAAAUAUAUAUUUUUUCCUCCUAGUAGCUUUAACCAUAACAUUGACCAUCGAACAUUAAUCAUUUAAUGUUAUACCACAUUCUGUUUGUAAAUUGUACUUUUGUCUUCAUGUCUGCAUUGAGUCAGUAGCUUUAUUUCUGAGGUUUGUAACCUUUUGAUCAGAUUAAAAUCAGAGGUAUUAUUUUCUUCUGUUAUUUCAGCGUUUACUUGUUCACAAAUCUCCAUGAAAACAUGUCUUGCAGAAACCUUCUCUACUUAAAUCAGCAAAUUUAUGAGAGAAAUAAAAUAGUAGAUUAAUUCCA